AUGAAUCAAAUCCGAGCUAUACAAAACCUGAGUUUGAGGGAGCUGGAGAGCGGUAUUUUAUCACCUUCUGCUUCAUGGCAUAAUGAGUAUAAGGAUCAAGCGUAUAUAUACGUAGGAGGCCUCAAUAAAGAUCUUACAGAAGGUGAUGUGCUGACUAUCUUUUCUCAAUAUGGCGUUCCUGUGGAUGUGAAGCUUGUAAGAGAUCAGGAAACCGGUGACUCAAAGGGAUUCGGCUAUUUGAAAUACGAAGAUCAGCGAUCCACAGCGCUUGCGGUAGAUAACUUGAACGGCACAACCAUUGCGGGGAAGUCACUUCGAGUCGAUCAUACAUUUUAUACACCGCGAGAUGUUGACAGAGACUACAACGAAGCCGUCAAGACAGAGUUAGAAAGAGAUCUUGCUGGAAUUCCUAAGCUAGCGGAUACCUCCGAAUUGCUUAUCACAUCGACAUCAAGGGCCGGAAACGAAUUCGAAGAUCCUAUGGCACAGCAUAUAUAG